AUGUCUAUUACAACGCCUAUUUAUAAAGUCCUCAUUGCAAAUCGUGGUGAAAUUGCUUGUCGAGUCAUUCGUACCUGUAGAAGAUUAGGUAUUGUCACUGUUGCCGUUUAUUCUGACAGUGAUGAGAAUGCACCUUUUGUAAAAAUGGCUGAUGAAGCGUAUCACAUCGGCCCUUCAAUUGCAGCAGAAUCGUACCUGAAUGGAGACAAAAUCAUUGCUGUUGCAAAGAGAUCUGGAGCAGAUGCUCUUCAUCCAGGCUAUGGUUUUUUGUCUGAAAAUGCCGAUUUCGCUGAAAAAGUGAUCAAUGCUGGCAUCAAUUUCAUCGGCCCUUUGCCUGACAAUAUUCGUGUUAUCGGUGAUAAGAUUGCAGCCAAAGUUUUCAUUACAGAAAAUGCUUCAUCGAUUCCUUUGAUUCCAGGUUACAACGGCAAAGACCAAUCAGUGGACCGUUUGGAGAGCGAAGCCAAGAGAAUUGAAUUUCCUGUGCUGUUGAAAGCAAGUGCUGGCGGUGGUGGUAAAGGCAUGCGAGCAGUUUAUGAAACCAGCAAAUUGAAGGAAGAAAUUGAAGCUGCUCAAGGCGAAUCUUUGCGUGCAUUUGGCUCGGAUCGACUGUUGAUUGAAAAGUAUUUUGAAAGUAUUCGCCAUGUUGAGAUUCAGAUCUUUGGCGACAAGCAUGGCAAUGUCUACCAUAUCAACGAACGUGAUUGUUCAGUGCAAAGAAGACAUCAAAAAGUUGUAGAGGAAACACCCUCUCCUGCCGUAGAUGCUGAACUUCGUGCUGCCAUGACAAGUGCAGCUGUCGAAUUGGGCCGCAAACUGGGCUACGUUGGUGCUGGUACCGCAGAAUUCAUUUUGGACGAGCAUACCAAGAAAUUCUAUUUUUUGGAAUUAAACACUCGUCUUCAAGUGGAGCAUCCCAUCACGGAAGCUAUUUCUGGCUUGGAUCUUGUCGAGUUGCAGCUACUGGUCGCUCAAGGUGCUAAUCUCAAAGAACUGGGCGUGUUGGACAACAUCCAGUACAAUGGCCAUGCCAUCGAAGUGAGAUUGUGUGCUGAGGAUCCUGACAAUGACUUUGGCCCUAGAACAGGUGUUAUUCACAAAUGGAGUCCUGCUGAUGCUGCCAAGUACAUUCCUGGUGUUCGUUUCGAUACGGGUGUCGAGGACGGUUCUGCGAUCUCCAUCUUUUAUGACUCCAUGGUUGCCAAGGUCAUUGUCCAUGCUCCUACUCGCGCUGAAGCUGUCCGUCGCAUGAGCGCUGUACUGGCCAGAACUGUUAUUGUGGGCGUUACUACCAACCAAAAGUUCUUGAUCAGUAUCAUGAAUAACCCUCGCUUCCAGUCUGGCACAUUUGAUACAAAUUUUAUCCAACAAGAAAAGGAACGUCUCUUCCCUGUUCCUCAUAUUAAUGAUGUCAAGAACAGUAUGGUCGCUGCCCUUUUAUUUGACUGGACUAUUCGUCGUAGCCAGCAAGUUCAUUUAAAGAACAUCCAAACUGGUUGGCGUAACGUAAAAUGGCGCAACAAGCGCAUUGAUUUCGCUGUCAAUCACGGCCAAGAGCUUCAAAUUCAAUACGACUACUUGGGCCAACCAGGAAAUGACAAGAGACAUGUAUUCAAGGCACACGUACUGGACAAGGAGUCUUCCAAAGCAGGCGAGGAUGUUGCUGAACUGCCCAUUGAUAUUGUUCUAUUUGAGAAUGAUCUAGGCAAGGAGGUUGCUGGUCCAAGAGGCAUCCACGGCUGCAAGGGCUUAUUGCGGUGUACUAUUGAUGGCGCUCAACAGCACUUUUACAUUGCUGAGGAUGUCAAGGAUGUCAAUGAAAAGUCGGUCUUUGUGCAUGAUUUUGUUCGCGGCCAUCAAGUCGAGUUGGUCAAAUUGGAUCGCCUCAAGAGUAAAUCUGCUGCUGCUGAGGACGACAGAGUGACACCAUACACCUCGUCUAUGCCCUGCCGUGUGCUCAAGGUGCUUGCUCCAAGCGGCACUGUCGUCAAGAAGAACACUCCUCUCUUGUCGAUUGAGUCCAUGAAAACUGAGGUCAAGAUUCUUAGUCGUCAUGAUGGUGUUGUCACUAUGAGGGUGGAGGAAAAUCAACUGGUGGAUGCUAGAGUGCUCUUGUGUUCUGUCGAUGAUGCAAAGAAAUAA